GGGGGGUGGUGGUGGCUUCACCAACAAAGAUAGUCCCCGCUUUUAACCAUUUCGAAGUAAUCGCGUUAUGUUGCAAGUUUCGCGAAAACGAUCAGGCCCAACUGUGGACGUUCCCUUAUGUGCGUUAUGCCCACGUACGCGCAGCAAGCGCGGCAGUUCGUAAAAGAAACUGAAGGGAGAAGAAAGCAUAUUAGUAAGACUUCGAAGCGGCGUAGCCAUAGCGAUAUAGCCAUAGCGACAUAGCCAAAGCUGCGUAGGCAAGAUGAUAAAAGCUGUUCUAAUAAUAAACAACAAUGGGAAGCCCAGGUUCCUCCGAUUUUACGAUGACAGUAGCCAUGAAAGGCAACAGAUGGUUACAAAGCGAAUUCAUGAAACUAUAAAGAAAAGGAUUACCAAUGAGUGUUGUUGUUUUUUGGAAGAUGAGGAAUUGUUCAGUCCGGAUGUGAAAAUUGUGUACAGGCACUUCGCGACUCUGUACUUUAUUUUUAUCAUCGACUCUAUGGAGAGCGAGCUGGGUAUUCUGGACCUAAUUCAGGUUUUCGUUCAAGUGUUAGAUGCAAAUUUCGAGAAUGUGUGCGAGUUGGACUUGAUAUAUAAUUACGAGCAGAUCAACUACAUACUGGAUGAGAUCAUAAUGGGAGGCAUCGUCCUCGAAACGAACAUAGACGCGAUAGUGAGUUCCAUCAAUGGCGCGAAGAAGUUAAUUGAAAACGAGUCCUCCUUCUUUGGCGAUUGAGUGGAUAGGGGUACCAGUCACAGGGGAAGUCU